AUGGUGUUGUCAACCAGCCAUCGUUGCUUUUUUCUCUGGUUACACUUGGCUAUAAUUCUGCUCGUGCUCGUCAUCUAUUUGGAUAAGGAGGACGAACACAAGGACCCGUUGCUGUUAUUUGGCUAUCUCGGCCUCAGUGAUGGUAUUACGAUUCUCGCACUGAGCAUCAAUAUCAUUCAUAACGUCUUGAAAAGAAGACUCGAUCUGAUGCAGGCGAAUAUCAACUAUAUCGCUAUCAUCCUCGUCUUCAAGGAGAAAUUCGUCUACUUACUCGUCAUUUUCUUGAAGAUAAUUUUCCAAGCGAUGCUCUACCUGAAAUUGACGCACGGCGCAGACGGGCCGGGCUUUUUGCUUCUGAUGAUUCCGCUUUGGGGCAUUUUGGCCAUCGUACUGUUCGAUUUGACGAAACGGAUUGUUAGUAUCCAAACCGGGUGCCGGGAUGCUAGUAUUUUGGCGCAAUUCGGAGAAGCGCACGCCGAGCCUCCAGGGACGGUGCCGAUGGCCACCGUCAAUUUGUUGAAUCAU